UGACAGAUGACAGCAUAAGUCAAACGAAGUGUCAAAAAGUGACAGUUGAUCAGAGUGACUUUCAGAAAUUGUUUGUUGCAACUUGCAAGUUUAUUUCAGUUUUAUUCAUUAAAAUCAAUACCAUGGCCGCAUCAGUGGUGAACGCGUACUCCGACCCGUCGACGUCGUGGAUGAACGCGCCGCACAGCACCGGCACGUCGAUCAUGGCGUGCGAGUUCGACGGCGGCGUCGUGAUCGGGGCCGACUCCCGGACCACCACCGGCGUGUACAUCGCUAACCGGGUCACCGACAAACUCACCCGGAUCACAGAACACAUCUACUGCUGCCGCUCCGGCUCGGCCGCCGACACACAGGCUAUCGCCGAUAUUGUUACUUACCAUUUGAACUUCCACAAGAUGGAGCUUGGAGAGGCCCCACUAGUGGAGUCCGCGGCGGCCAUCUUCCGAGAGCUCUGCUACAACUACCGUGACUCCCUCAUGGCCGGCAUCCUGGUCGCCGGCUGGGACAAGCACAAAGGAGGUCAAAUCUACUCAGUCCCUAUUGGAGGCAUGGUGCAACGCCAACAAGUCUCUAUUGGAGGUUCAGGGUCCUCAUAUGUCUAUGGUUACGUUGAUGCUAACUUCAAGCCCAAGAUGAGCAAGGCCGAGGCCAUGAAGUUUGUGACCAACACCCUGACGCUGGCCAUGCUCCGAGAUGGUUCUUCAGGAGGAGUGGUCCGUCUCGGAGUCAUCACCGAGGCUGGUGUGGAGAGAUCCGUGAUCCUCGGUGAUCAACUGCCCAAGUUCUAUGAAGAUUGAAAAAGUGUCUUUUGUAUUUCUAUUUCCAUUGGUAUUUUAAGGUAAUAAAUAAAACUCUAAAAAAGUA